UCUCUGCUCGAUCUUGCGCAUGCACGCGAUUCCCCGUCUCUCUCUCGAAUCGAUCGGUGCUAGCAAGGAGGAACUCCAAUCGAAUCGAUCGAUCGAUCGAGACAGGCGUCCGUCCAUUCCUUCGUCGAUCGCUUCGCAAGAUCGCUCGUGUCGUUUUCUUCAUCUGGAUCGACGACUUCCGUCUCGCCCGAGCGCCGUCGAUUCGCGACACCUGGUAAGUAGAUCUGCUGAAAAUGGCUGAAGCGUCCAAACCGGAGAUGAAGAAGGCUGUGUUCAAGAAGGUUUGUGAGCUCCGUCCACUUGAUACUGGGUUAAACCUCACGGUGAAGGUCGUUAAUACGAAGGUGGUCGCACCGAGAGGUCGACAGAUGCGAGCUGCUGAAGCCUUGGUGGGCGACGAUACGGCCAUGAUAAUUUUCGUCGCAAGAAAUGAUCAAGUUGACUUGAUGGUAGAAGGCAGCACCUUGACCUUGCGAAAUGCAAAGAUCGAAAUGUUCAAAGGGUCGAUGAGGCUUGCAGUAGACAGAUGGGGCCGAAUUGAAGUUGAUGAACCUGCCAGUUUUACUGUGAAGACCGACAACAAUAUCUCGCUGGUUGAAUUUGAAAUGGUGAAUGUUGUUGAAUAGGGAGUUUUUUACUUGUUUAUCUUGAUAGGUACUUCUCCCUUCAACAUAUCCAAUACAUUCAGAACUGAUGGAAUUUUCACCCAAGUGGAUCUAGUGGCUAUUUGCAUCUGAAUUUGAUGUGACGUGCCUGUUUUGGGCCGACCUUUUGCUAACUUCUUAGCCUAGAUGUGAGGCUUUUUGAAUUCAUUAUACAUUAAUAUCUCAUUAAAUUACGAGGUCCUUGAAAAUCUUAAUAUG